AAAGGUAGUAAGGAAUUUCUGCUUGGAAAAUUAAACGAAGGGGCGAGAAGUGGAUAUAAAGCAGACCCUGUCCAGUUUGCUAAGGAAAUAAAAGAAGUGAGACACGAAGGAGGCCACGUCGUAUUCACGACUAAGGAAUGGGGAAGUUCAAAACAGAUCACCAGCUUGUUUCCAAGACUCACAGCUGCUGUUCAGCACCAAUUAGGUGUUAGAAAGAACGAGGAUUUUGUUAGAAUCCAAUCAGAAGUUGCUCACGAAACACUCAGGUCCACCCUGUUGAAUGAAAUGCGAACACCGGACCAUCCCACAUGGUUCUAA